AAAGGAGAAACUGCUGGCAAUGAUGAAUGCUUAAUUUUGGGGAAAGAUUCUGUCAAGUUCUAGAGAAGAGUAUGUAAUUCUUCCCCCAGAUUUGAGCUCUGUCGCAAAGCAAAUUCAUGCUUCAGGAAGCUAAAAGCCUCAGUUAUUUUGUUGGUUCCAUUAAGUCAGCUUUGCUCGGAUGCCCUAGACAUCGAGAAGAAACUUGGAGAGGACUGUCUCUACAAAGUGCAUUUUAAAUUUACAUUUUUUAAAAUACCUGAGGCAGGAGCUAAUGUUUUUAUUAUGUUGUUAUGAGUAUAUAUCUUGGUGUAAUUUCUUAGCAUUGCCACAUAUUUUAAAGUAAGUUUAUUUUUCACAUAUACACACAUUUAUGUGUGUCUGUACACACACAUGCAUACGUCUGAGGGAUUUUACAUGGCCAUAACUGAAAAGGGUACUUUUAAAAAUAAUUGAAACUGAAAACUCUGAGUAAUUUAAGGUGACUACAAGUUUGGGAAGCAAAAUUAGCUUUUUUUCCUCCUCCUGUGCUGGCCCAUAAUCUUCUUUACUUCACUAGAAGCACCCCUGCACAGGCCUUUGCAAGCCUUUGAUUGCCCUUUUUUGUUUGUCUAAUUUAUUAGUAACUGUGGUGAAGAUGAGUAUCUUAGAAGCUAAGUAACGAUAAAUAUGUAAGAUCUGUAGACAAGCCAGAGGUAAUAUGACGUUUGGCAACACUGAAAGCCUGCUCUUGACUCCUGUGUCCUCUCUGCUCCCUUAGCCCUUCCCUGUGCUUCAUGCCUACAGCAUGCCACCAUUACUCUUACUGGUUCUGAAGUCCCAGCAACUUCAAGACCAACAGAUGUCCUUCUGGUAUACGGAAAGAACAAGGUCAUGGGUUCACCCAUCUUAGUGUCCUUGGACAAGAUCUUGUAAUCUCACUAAAUCUUGCUUUUCUCCAACCUUGUGUGCCACUGGACUAAGCUGGGUUUCUCAGCCUUGGCACUGUUGAUAUUUUGGGUUAUAUCAUUCUUUGUUCUAAGGGGGUGUCCUGUGUCCUGUAGGAUGUUUAGCAAUAUCCAUGGCUUCUACCCACUAGAUGCCAGUACUACAUACCCCCUACUCCUGUAGGUACCAGAAAUAUCUUUAAACAUUGCCAAAUGUCCCCUGGGGGCCAAAGUUGUCCCCAGUUGAGAACUACUGGGCUAAGAUGACUUCCAAAGGCUUACUAGAAACUAUUCAUCUUUUUUUUUUUUUUAAAAAAACGUAUGAGGAUGAUUCUUUUUUUUCUGCAAGGGCAAUUUAUAUAGAUCAAGUGAGAUAAUUCAUAAAAGUACUUUGAAGGAGAUUACAUAGUUGUUCAGCCUUAUAUUGGUGUUUUUCACUUUAUUUUUUUAUUUUUUAUUCUCCAUUUUUAAUGGAGGUACUGGUGAUUGAACCCAGGACCUUGUGCAUGCUAAGCAUGCACUCUACCACUGAGCUUUACCCACCCCCCUGGUGUUUUUCAUUUUAAAAUGCACUAUAACAUUUAGUCCUAGGAUGGCCUGGAGAUUCCCGUUCUCCAGAACCACCUCCCAUGCCUCCCCUUCAUCAAGACCCACACCUUUUGGGGAAUUCUUGACUUGGGGUUCAUAGGCCCUUAAGGAAUCUGAAGAUAGUAUAUUUCUGUAAUCCUACGUAUUUUAUUUUAUGUAUUUAAAACUAUUAUCCUGAGGAGGGGGUCCCAUAGGCUUUACCUCCCUGCCAAAGAGGUCCAAAGCUUAAGAAUGAACUAAACUUCAACCUGCCCAUCAGAGACUGUUCAUAGAGUGCUGACAGUAGAGUGGUUUGGGCAGAAACUGAGGUGAACAAGACAUACCUCUUUCAAACUAGUGUGCCCAACUCCUAGCUGACCCUGAUCCCCUAGGGUAAGGCUUAGUCCUUGCUGACUAAGCCCUUCUGUGGCUGCCUUUACCUCCCUGCUCCACCGUGCUGGUGCCAGCCUGCUGUGCUUACUCACCAGGCCCGGAUUCAGAGUCAGACACUGAGGUCUUUCAGGGCUGUCUAGGCAAACCUGGAGGGUACAAGGGUGGCUCUGUAGGGCUUCUCCCUGGGGAUGGUAGGGUUGCCAUAGCAAUCCUGUGCUUCAGCAUGCCUUUGGGUGUACAUGUGGCUCAGGAUCAUAGUAGGACAUUUGGGCCCCUGUAUAAGAGGUAGGAGUCUACAAGAUAAAACUAGCUAACAACUCUUGUGAUCACCUCCUGGAGGCUACACACUGGUAUUCAGAUGUUUAUCUCUGGUUUUUUUACGUCAGCUGUGUGAGGUAGGCAUUUGAAUUCAGUUUUAUAGGUGAGUAGGCUUGGGUCACACAGCUAUUUGGUAGCAAAACAGUUUCAAAUCAGAGUCCAAAGCCCAUGUUCUUUUCACUAUUUUAUGCUGCCUGCCAGUGUUGGAGACAGGACAGAGAAUGUAUUGGGGACUGUUAUAAAAAAUCAGGGUUCCAAUUAAAACUUCCCUGCAGGAAUACGCAGAACAUGCUGGGCCCUGGAAGGGCUUCCCUGGCCAUGAGGGUUUUUAUAUUUCUUUGGUUCCUCAGUUGGGUUAGAAUGACCAGCAUGGGCAGCCCCCCAACAAACCCACACCAUCCGCCCAGAACCGGCAGCUUUUAUCCUGAGCCAUUCCAAACUCCAAUUGUAUACCCUGCAGGUUGAUAGAGAAUCCAGUCUGGUUGGAGAUGAGCAGCUGAUGCUUAAAGUGUCUGGAGAAUGGCCGUGGGUUGCAUCUUCAUGACCUUAGUGCUGAUAACCCAAGAUAAGUCUUCCCCUUUUUUUAAAAGGGAAAAUCUAUAUAGCACCUAUUCUCUAAAGAGUUUUCCCCUUAAGACACGCAUAUCUUGCUCAUAAUACACCAGGUUUCAGCAGCCAGUCAUCAUGAUGGCUUGGUAAGAACUGGUACUGAGACAUAAGUGACUAUUGGAACUAAAAGAAAGUACGGUUAAAGGAGGGGUCAGACAUCUUCGUCAGUUCUUUCUAAGCCUUCAGAGUUGCUGCUGCUUCGUGGGACACUGAACCCUUACAGUAUACUUCCUGUUGGUGUUUAUUGAGAGCAAUCUUCUUACAUGCCGCAACAUUUUACUCUAGCUGAUCUGUCUUUAUCACACUCCUUUCAAGCAGAGUGUAAUAAUACCAUAAUUCCUAACAUGGGCAAUAAGGGACAGAAUAAUUUUAGAGGUAGUUUCUCCCCCGAAAACUUAAGCAGUCAACAUGUAAUGCAUGUUUUCUUGGUCCAUAGUCAUUAUUCCUGUCCUCCUCAUCACCCCCACCCCACUGUUUUGGCAAGUGUAUAUUUUAAGACCGAUGCUGCAUGUAUGAAGUUGUUACUGCGUCAGGAAAUAGAGAAACACACUGUGGAGGGAAACAUGAGGAUCGUUUAAUACUGUAGGAGUGAACAUGCUGUUUUAGCUCCCUGUGUUUUGGGACGGGUGCUCACCCAGCAAAGCUGAUGCAUGGCAACCACAGUGACCAUGCUUUAUUGGAGUUCAGAAGCACCUUCUGUAGAGGAAGAAAGGCCCGUGUUCCUCGUACUCAGAGCGGUGGACCCACAGUGGUUGGAAGCCCUGAAGUGAUGCCAGGAUGGAGCCACCUGUCCACACUGCCGUAUCUCUUUCAGGCAACACGUUUACCUGAGGGGUGUCAUUGGGACACAUGCUGCUUAGCUCCUUCUGCAGACGGUUGGGGAAGCCGCUGAGCAUAGUUGUCCCCCCGCAGAGCAGGAUGUUCCCCAUGAGGUCCCGUUUGAGGGCAACGUCACACUUGUUCAGGCAGGACACUGUCUGGGUGUGGAGGCCCAGCUGCAUGGACUUGAUCAGAGAAGGCUUGAAGAACAUCUCUGAGCAGAGGAACCUUUCCUGGCAUAGGUAUAUCUGCUGCCCAUCCGGCAGGGUGUACUGGAUCGCAUGCUCAGUAGUUGGGACUUUCUUCUCUUCAAUGGGGUCCAGGGCCACGAAGCAGCAUUUCUUCUUGAUGUCCUCCACAAUGCCCAGCUGGUCCUCAGUGAAGCAUUUCCCUGAGUUGUUCAUCAGGGCCAUCAAGUAGGCUGUCAGGUCAGAACCUGCAUAGUCCAGCCGUCCGGUGAUGCUGGGCAAAGGAUAACCCUCGUAGAUGGGGACUACAUAGGACACACCAUGGCCGACCUCCACGACGAGGCCGGAGGUCCUUCCGUAGGAGUACAUGGACAGGCGGGACUGGUAGGCGAUGUGCAUCGCGGGAGUUCUGAAGGUUUCAAACAGCAUUUCAGCAUACUUCUCCCUGUUGGUGUGUGGGCUCAGGGGUGGGUCUGAAACCAAGACCGCGUGCUCCUCAGGGGCAAUCUGCAUCUCUUGAUGGAAGAGAUAGUCCCAGAUAUCCUGCACUGAAUCCCAGUCCACGAUGAUGCCAUGUCGCAGAGGAUUAAUUAACUUGAGACGAACAUCUGGGCUGACAAGCUCAUGCCCCACGAAUGUCUCCUUGCGAUUGUCCCCAGUUUUGGCGGUCUCCAUGUAGGGCUUGCCCACUGUGGAUGAGAUCCUGUGGGUGGGCUUUGGCAGCCCAGCAAAGCCACACUUACAGUAGCCAGUGCCAAGGUCCACGACCACUGCUUUGGUCACUGCUAACUUGGGCAUCUCCUUGACCCCUGUUGAUGUAGUAGGUUCUUCUGGCUCCGAACGGUUAUGGCGAACCCACACCGCCCGUUUUGCUGGGCCUUCCUUUAAGGAGGCAGUCUGGAGGACCUGUGUCUGCAGGGAGUACUGUUCACCUACUUUCUUAGAAGGCCCAUCGCCUAUGAUUGCUGUCUGUGGAGCCCACACGCUCUCGAGAGCCAUCUUGCUCUCAGAAAGUUCCUCAAUUCCACCAGCUUCAAGGCCUGAAAGGCUUAAAUCAGAGGGCAACUGGAGAAUUUCUCCAAUGAUGACAUCACUGAUUAUGACAUAAUCCAGUGACCCAGGGCUUUCUGGAUACCUGGAACCUUUGUCCUGUGUUAAGGUAGAUUCGGGAUAGUGUUUUUGAGAUGACUUACUUUUUUUUUAAUUGAAGUAUAGUCAGAUUACAAUGUUGUGUCAAUUUCUGGUGUGCAGCACAAUGCUUCAGUCAUACAUACACAUACAUAUAUUUGUUUUCAUUCUUUUUCAUUAUAGGUCACUAUAGGAUACUGAAUAUAGUUCCCUGUGCUAUAUACAGUAUAAACUUGUUUAUUUUGUAUAUAGUAGUUAGUAUUUGGAAAUCUCAAACUCCCAGUUUAUCCCUUCCCACUCCCUUUCCCCUCCAGUAACCAUGUUUGUUUUCUAUGUCUGUGAGUCUGUUUCUCUUUUGUAAAUAAAUUCAUUUCAUUUUUUAGGAUUCCACAUAUAAGUGAUAUCAUGUGGUAUUUUUCUCUUUCUUGCUGACUUCACUUAGUAUGACGAUCUCCAGGUCCAUCCAUGUUGCUGCCAAGUGGCAUUAUUUUAUUUGCGGGUGACUUACUUUUUUUUAUAAAUUUUGUAAUAACCUGGUUUAUCCAAUCAGUCGCUAUUUAUUGAGUGCUUGCUAUGUGCAAGGCAGGCAGCAGUGAAAAAAAAACCGACAAAAAUCUCUGCCCUUGUAUAGUUAAUGUUCUAGUCAGUGGAGCUUGGGGAGAGACAAAAUAACCAAAAUAAAUAUGUGUUAGGAGAUCUUAAGGACAAAAGAGAAAAGCAAAGCAGGGAAGGGGAGAGUGGCCGUGUUAAUGCGCUUGGGCAGAGCUCCCUGAGAAGGUGACACUUGAGAUAAGGGAGAGUGCCACGUGUGUAUCGGGGAGCAGCAGGUGCAGAUGACUAUGGGUUAGAUCAGGGGUCUGCAAACUCAGGCCUGCGGCCUGUUUUAUACUACAGUUUUAUUGGAACACAGCCACGCUCGUUCACUCACACAUUGUGGCUGCUUUUGUGCUACAACCGCAGAGUUGAGUCAUUGCAAUAAAUACUGUAUGGCUUGCAAAGCUGGAAAUGAGUAUUGAUUUUCUGGCUCUUUACAGGAAAAGUUUGCCGACCUCUGGGCUAGAGGAUCCCAAGAGCAGUGUGGCUGCAGUGGAGAGAGCAAGCGACAGUCUGUGAGAUGGGAGGAGCGAGGGAGGGAGUGCGCACCUCAUGGGCCCUGGCUGGGACUGUGGCUCUGACUCGCUGUGAGGUCAGACAGUACUAGAGAGCCUUGAGCAGAGAGUUGACACCAUCUGAUUUAGGUAUUAGCAGGACCGAUUACUGCUAUGGUGACCGAUUACUGCUAUGGUGACCGAUUACUGCCAAGCACUUCUAUCCCAUUUAUUCUUUAGGGCAACCUGCAGAGGAAUAAUUUUGGACACACAUUUGUGCACAUACUCCUCCUUCAUCCAGGUCAUUGGGGUUGACAAUGAAAUUAGACCUUAAAUUCCCACUGAUGAGAGCAUUCAGGUUCUCAGGUGCAUAGCUCACCCAAGAAUAUCCAGCCAACCGUGCCUAUCCAUGUCACCAAUCCCUCAACUACUUGUGCUCUUCUUAAUUCUCCCAGAAAACUUCCUCAGCCCUGGUUGUUUCUCUUCCCCUAUUUCUCCUGUUUCUUUAUGAACCACCAAAGCCCAUAUCUGCCCUUUUUUUUUUUUGAGGGGGGCCAGUUUGGCGUGGAGGACCCUAUGGGAACCUGAUGAAUUUGAUUGUUCUGGAUGACAGGCCAUCUUUCUUUGCUUGGGCAGAGGAAAGGGAUUCAUCCUUCCCUCUCCCUCACUCUCCACAUCUAUUCUAAUCAUCUGAUGUAAAUAAAUGUAAUGCUUGAGGCUAGAGACGUCACGAAGGCGUAUGAGAAAGGACCUCAAAUGCCAGAAUAAGAGCUUGGAUUGAAUUGAGGAUAGUUGAGAACCAACCAAUUAAACUCUACUAUCUAUAUUUCUUAAGAAGCCGUCCCUUCCUCUCUUCCACAUCACACCCCUAGCUUAGGCCAUCUUCAAGUCUUACAAGAAUUUCUUCAGUGUCCUCCUUUCAGGUCUCAGAGUCUUGUCUCUCUGUAUUAUAGCUAAACACAAAUCUUUGUAAGAUUUGGGCCUAGAAGCCAAAUCUGAUCACUCCCCUGCUUAAAGGCUUCAUUGGUUCCCCAACUGUCGUCAGUUUAUUCCAAGCUCUUACCUGUAGCAUUUGAGGCCCUCCCUUCUUGGCUUCAUGACCUCUCUAGCCUCAUCUGUUUUUCCAAACACCUUAACUACUGGAAGCUCCCCCCCCCCCAACCCCGUGCGUCCCUCUGAGCCUUUGCUCGGGCUGUGCUCCCUGCUUAGGAUGCCUUUCCCUCGUCUCAGCUACUUGACAAAUACGCGUGGAUCUUUCUGUACUCCACUUGGGCUUCGUGUCUGUGGAGAACCUUCAGACUCCCUCCCACCUUUGUGCAGUUCUGUUCUCCCAGUAGACAUCCACCUGAAAAUUCUGCAUCCAUUUGUCUUCUUCCCAACUAGACUGGGCACUGCUUGUGGCCAGGUUUCUGUUGUUAGGGCCCUCACACUCUUUAAGGCGCAUUGGAGUUAGAUGAACUUGGGUUAAAGUACAAACACUCCGAGAGCUGUUUGUUUUGGGGCAACUCAUUUGCAUUCUGAGCCUUGAUUUCCUCAGUUCUGCCUACCUCCCAGGAUUCUGAAGUACCAUGUGGGGUGCCUGGUACAAUGCUUGGCUUACUGUAGGGGCUCAGAUAUUUAUCACCCUCUCAGCCAAGAAGCUGAGGAGGAAAAGGUGUCCAGCUAGUGAAUGGGGGGAUUAGAAGCGAGGUUGUAAGGGGAGGGAGCAGAAACCUCUGAGACCCAAGUGUGUUUGGAUUUCCAAAACUGUGCUGGCCACCUGAUCUGUCCUAGAGCAAAGUCGAGUUAGGUGGAUGGGGGUGGGGGGGUGUGACAGGCAAGAGCCUGCCAAGACCAAGCCCUCCCUGGGCUGCCAGAAUGGACCAGCCCUCAGUGACAUCACAAUCCCAUGGGGUUGCCAAGGCACUGCUGGAGAUGGACCCUCUUAUUUCUCCCCACGGAGCUCUAGGAUGUGGAUGUGAGAAAGGGGAGCAAGGCAGGCAGAUGGCGACGAGGAACAGCCCUAGCCCCAUGCCUAUGGGCACGGCUCAGGGUGACCCUGGAGAGGCAGGCCCACUGCCAGGUCCUGCUGCUGGCAUCCGGGACACAAGUUCGGCCACUCAGCUGAAGAUGAAGCCCAAGAAGGUGCGCAAGAUCAAGGCACUCAUCAUUGACCUGGGCUCCCAGUACUGUAAGUGUGGCUAUGCAGGUGAGCCGAGGCCCACCUACUUCAUCUCCUCCACUGUGGGCAAGCGCUGCUCCGAGGCAGCUGACGCAGGUGACACUUGCAAGGAGACCUACGUGGGCCACGAGCUGCUCAACAUGGAGGCGCCUCUGAAGCUGAUUAACCCGCUAAAAUACGGCAUUGUGGUGGACUGGGACUGUGUCCAGAGCAUCUGGGAGUACAUCUUCCACACGGCCAUGAAGAUCCUCCCUGAGGAGCACGCUGUCCUGGUCUCCGACUCCCCGCUCAGCCCCAGCAGCAACCGGGAGAAGUACGCGGAGCUCAUGUUCGAGACCUUUGGUAUCCCUGCCAUGCACGUGACGUCGCAGUCGUUGUUGUCCAUCUACUCCUACGGCAAGACCUCUGGGCUGGUGGUGGAGAGUGGGCACGGUGUCUCACACGUGGUGCCAAUCUCAGAAGGGGACGUGCUGCCAGGCCUGACGAGUCGUGCCGACUACGCUGGUGGUGACCUCACCAACUACCUGCUGCAGCUGCUCAACCAGGCCGGCCACAAGUUCACGGCCAACCACCUGCACAUCAUCGAGCACAUCAAGAAGAAGUGCUGCUACUCGGCACUCGAGCCCGAGGAGGAGCUUGGCCUGUCCUUGGAGGAGCUGCGUGUGGACUACGAGCUCCCAGAUGGCAAGCUCAUUACCAUCGGCCAGGAACGCUUCCAAUGUGCCGAGAUGCUCUUCAAGCCCACCCUGGUGGGCAGCAACCAGCCCAGUCUCCCCGCGCUCACAGCCGCUUGCCUGGACCGCUGCCAGGAAGCGGGCUUCAGGGAGGAGAUGGCUGCCAACGUGCUGCUGUGUGGCGGCUGCACCAUGCUGGAUGGCUUCCCGGAGCGCUUCCAGAGGGAGCUGAGCCUCCUCUGCCCCGGGGACAGCCCCACGGUGGCUGCUGCUCCUGAGAGGAAGACCUCCGUGUGGACCGGCGGCUCCAUCCUGGCCUCCCUGCAGGCCUUCCAGCAGCUCUGGGUCAGCAAGGAAGAGUUUGAGGAGCGGGGCAGUGCAGCCAUCUACAGCAAGUGCUGAGCGGCGGUGUCCUGAUGGGCCACUCUAUACACAUUUACAGAAUUUCACAUAAAAUUUUAAGGUGCGAUG